GAGGUUCAGCUGCCAACAAGUUUCAACUCACUGAUUCAGGCCAACCUGCUUUGCCUUGAGACUAAAACCGAUCUCUUUCAUUCAUGUCCAACUUUUAAAGCAUCUUGAGAAGCCCCUCCCUUAAUUUUGGGUCUUGCGAAUCUGAUAUUGCAGGGAAGCAAUAGGAACUGAUCGCUGAUCCUCUCUUUAGCCCAAACCUGGUCUCAGUCCCACAAACUCUUGUUUAUCAACGUUGUUCGGUUCUGAUGUACUGUUGGUGUCGGUCGUCGUAACAUCCUUCUUUCUCACUACAAUCUUUCUAGUUUUUUACUGCAUUUUUGACACCUUGUUUCCUAGUUUUCAACCACAUUUCCCUUUACGGCUUGGCCUGGCCUGGCCUGCUUCCUCAAGCAUAUCCAGUCUGCUUUUCAUCUCAACGGUUGGAUGUUAAAGGGUGAACAAAUUGCAAAACGAGCUUAGACUACUAGUUAGAAUUUUGUGUAAAGUCAAAAUCAUAUUAACGAAAUGCAUACAAAAAAUUAUCAGUCCUAAUUAUGACAUCCUACCCUCUCAAUUAAUUGCUGAAAUCUUACCCUUGAAAACAUUGACAACUGAUAUUAUAGACUCUCCAUACUUUCUUCAAAGAAAAAUAUUAUUAUGAACCGUCAUCUGAAAAGACUCGUGAUAAUGAAUUUUAUAGUCUCUGUUUGUAUAGCCUGUUGGAGAUGCUCUAAACGUUACUUUAUCACAGAAUCUCGAACUCCUUUUUAAGUAGGCUCCGACCCAGCUCAGAGUGUUAAAACAAUCCUCAACAUCAGGGCCAUUUAUCUACAAACCCAGAUUUAUAUAUCAACCAUAUCCCAAAAAUAAAUUCACCGCCGGGGGAACGGCUCGCAGAAAGUUUUGAUUCCCUUAAAUAGAAGAAAAAAAAGAUAAUAUUUUUCUCCUUUCAGGAUUUUGUAUUGGUUUUUAUAACUGAGAAAAAAACAGGGGGCGCGUUUAACAUGAAUGUUCAUGCAGUAAGAUCCUGAAAACCAUGUUGUGUACAAAAGCUUCGAGGGAAAACGAAGCGGGAACGGUGCCGGUUUACCUCAAUGUGUACGAUCUGACGCCCAUCAAUGGGUAUGCCUAUUGGUUUGGCCUUGGAGCGUACCAUUCUGGUGUACAAGUCCAUGGUAUUGAGUAUGCAUUUGGAGCUCAUGGGUAUCCAUCAACUGGAAUUUUUGAAGGAGAACCAAAAAAAUGCGAAGGAUUUACAUAUAGGAAGACAAUUUUGAUUGGAAAAACGAGUAUGGAGCAGGCGGAGGUGAGGGCAGUCAUGGAGGAGCUGGCAGGAUUUCUUUGCAAAUGUGUUAUUCCAGCAACUCUAAAUUCAACUAAAGUAAGGCAUCAUAGAAUCGAAGACAAGCCAUGUGAAGAAGAAGAAGAAGAAGAUAAGAAGAAGAAAGUCACAAGCGACUCAAACAGAGUCAUUUCUUCCAACUCUUCUUCCUCUUCUUCAUUGUCUCCUUCCAGCUCUACAAUCCGCAGGGGAAGAAGCAGAAACAGAAGCAGGCGCAGACGUGCUCUUCCUCCAUCUUCGCCUUAGCUUUUGAAUUGAGGGGGUAAAAAAAAAAAAAAAAAGGAAAUCUCAAAGGGAAGGAAGGAGGCAAAACUCGUGGACUUAUAUUUUUCUAUAUUUUUCUUCAUUCUUUUCAAAGGGAACCUCGAAGAGAAUCUACCUGUUCUUGAGGAACCUCGAAGGCAUGCAGCAAAUGCCUGUACGAGUGUACGCUUUUAUUCUCUGGGAGGAAAAGUUAUGAAAUUACUGCAACUUUAUCUUUAUUGACCCCAUUUUGUUACUAAA